CAGAAGGAGGCGCUUUCGACACCGCGCACGCUCUGACGCCCGCGCAUUCCUUGCGACCCCGCCUGCUGCAUUGCUAUCGAUGCUCAUCCCACUCUCAGCUUGCCUGGUGGACUUGCGCUCGCGGUAGCCCCACCGGCAGAUACACCAGUGCCGGCGGCGCGUCCUCGCGACUCAUCCUAGCUGGCCUGCUCAACAUUCCUCCGCCCUCUACAUGGCGCCUGUUCCUGAGACCCCCACUACGCGCAUUCGAAGCUCCGACCGGCCACGCAGACGCCAUAUCUCCGACUCGGUGCCUGUCAGCAAGAAGCGCAAGUACGUGCCCGGCGGACCUGGAGGCGGAGGCCGCUACGUAGAUGACGAGGGCAUCGAGACGCCUGUUGGAGGAACAGGACCCGGUGGCUACGCGUACGUAGGUCCCCGUGGCCGCAUCGGACGCCUCAACGCCGAGCGCCAGGGCAUCGCCCUCCCCGAUCUCGCGCCCUCGCCCCCAUAUUCACGACCGCGACGCGAAAGGCCGCCUGCUGGACCUCGCUCCAGCUCGGCUGCUGCAGUCGCCGCCGCCGUGGCGCAGAACGAUGGAUACAAGCCGCGGGAGGAGCGGAGCUGGGACGAGUUCCACCCGGACCUCGACAUCGAUGUCGAGUUUCCCGUCUACACCGCAGACCAGAUCGACGGCCUCAGCCCUUCAGACUCGGCACCAGGCACACCUGGCCAGCCGCCGUCGACUGGCCAGUAUGCUGUGGACAACGGAAUUUCCGCCAUGCUCGACAGUUUGCGCGCACAGCAGACGCAAGACGAAGAGACGGAUGGUGGCUACGGUGGCUCGACCAGCCUAUUAGCCACUCCCAAAAGGCGCCCGGGGCGACCUCCCCGCAAUAGAGACUCCAUGCUUGCUGGGCUUGGUUCUCCUCCUCGUCCGCGCAUCAACCCGCUUCCGACUAUGAAUCCGAAGGAGAAGCUAAAUCUGCCCAAGCCGAACGUGCGACAGGUCGAUACUUUCAAGGCUCACGAAGAGAGUGAAGGAGUCAAAGUCAACUAUGUUGACAGGACUAUGGCGAACAUUGGCUAUCAAGAAAGCGAGGUUUUUGCCAGGGCUGAAAACAACCUGAUACGCCUUCCAGAGGGUUCGAUCGAAGAGGACCUGGACCUCACGCUACAAAAUGAAGCAGAAGGAUCCACAACGGCUGUCGCACUUGGACGUGUCGAGUACGAUAUGGACGAACAAGACGACGUGUGGCUUGAAGCACUGAAUGUCCAGCGGAAAGCUGAAGAUGUUGAGCCCAUUAAGCCGGCGAUAUUCGAAGUCACUAUAACUCAGAUCGAGAAGGAGUGGCAUGCAUUGGAGAAACGCAUUCCCAAGCCAAACCCCAAACCACCCCAAACACACCGGCCGCGGUCUAGUAGUGCGGCUGCUGUGAACGGCGAGCCUGCAGGACAAGGAGAGGAGCAAGACACGAAGUGCGCAAUCUGUGAUGAUGGCGACUGCGAGAACACCAACGCCAUAGUGUUCUGCGAUGGUUGUGACUUGGCGGUCCAUCAAGAAUGUUACGGUGUGCCGUUCAUCCCAGAAGGACAAUGGCUUUGCAGACGUUGUCAACUGGUAGGCCGAGGCACCCCUGCGAGUGAGCUUCCAGGUUGCAUAUUCUGUCCAAAUGGUGACGGCGCCUUCAAACAAACAACAGCUAUGAAAUGGGCACACCUUCUCUGUGCUAUGUGGAUCCCCGAGGUAUCACUUGGCAAUGUGACUUUCCAGGAGCCAGUACAAGAUGUUGAAAAGGUCCCCAAGACGCGUUGGAAGCUGUCCUGCUAUAUCUGCAAGCAAAGGAUGGGAGCGUGCAUUCAGUGCGGCCACAAGUCGUGCUUCGAAGCCUUCCACGUCACUUGCGCACGCAAGGCACGGUUGUGUUUGCGAAUGAAAUCCUCUCAAUCCUCCAAUCCUCUUGACUCUACAGUACUCAAGGCGUACUGCGAUCGGCAUACACCCAACGAUUGGAGACGCGAGAACGACGUCGAGGGCGCAAUUGCAGAUGCAAAAGCAUUCUACCGACACACCAUGCGUCACAUCCGCUGGCCAGACAGUCAAGCCUAUGCUCUAUCUAUCGGCUCAACCCACGCAGCUCACACUAUCGAUGACGAGGAUGACGGCAUCCCUGGCAGCAACAAGCGCAAGCGCGGACAACCGGCUAAGUCCUGGAGGCUACCGUCUGGAGCACCAGUUGUGCCUCAAGCUGUCUACCACAAUGUUGAGAACGCCCUGAUCAAGUUCAAUGUUCGCAGACGCAAAGAAUUCGUGCAAGAAGCUUGCAAGUACUGGACUUUGAAGCGCGAGGCACGCCGUGGCGCGGCCUUGCUCAAGCGUCUCCAACUACAGAUGGAAGCAUUCUCGUCUAUGGAGAUCACCCGUCGCAAUUUUGCGGGGAUGGGUGCUGCUGGUCGUCCUCGUCUGCAGCGUCGUAUCGAGUUUGCUGAGCGUCUAGAGGAUGACAUGGAACAGAUCCGAGUUCUCUGUGAGAAUGUCAAGGAACGCGAGGCUCAGAAGCUUAAAGAUGUCAUGAUCCUCAAGGAUAUCCUAGACUGCGUCUAUUUCCCUAUCCCACAUCUCCUUAGCCCCAUCCUGGAUCGGGCGACAAACCACGACAAUAAAGGCACUUUUGCUGAAGGCUUCAGUGAGCUCAAAACCAAGCUUGACGAGAAGGUCUAUACAUCUGUACAAGCCUUCAUCGAUGAUUUGCUUGCGGUACUGAGCGCCCAUGCUACCUCUGCACCAGUCACCAAUGUAGGAGAUGCUGAAAUUGAGUCGAACAGACUUACUCAUGGCGCUUUAACAUCCGAACAGAGAGAGACGAAGAAGCUGGUCAAGCGCAUAAUCAAAAGUGUGCAACCCCACAUUGAGGAUGCUCUGCGCAAAGAGGCCGAUAUGACCAGGUCCCCAUUCAUGAAGCUUGUCGAUCUCGAGACCCUUCUCGACAAAAAGCUGCACGGAUCAUCAAUUGAAGAUGCCCCUCACGAUAUGGUGGAUGCAGAACAAACAUAUCACGACGAUAUCACUAAGCCGUUGGUCAAUGGCGCAGGACCUGAAGAUACCUUGCAAAAGAAAGACGACAUUCAGCUCGCACCGACACCCGAUGACAACACUGCUGACAAUCACCACUCAUUGCACGAUGAGGCAGCAGACGAGGCCGCCAUUGCGGCUCAGCUAGGGCAGGACACCUUACAUGCUUCUAGAGGGGAGCCUCGAGACGACGCAAUGGAUCUUGAUGCUAGGGAGACUGAUGGGCGUACAGAACCUCUCACGCCACCAAGAUCUGAGAAGAACCUGCUCAAUCCACUCCACAAUGGAGGCGUUCCGUGGUACCUUGAGCCUUUCGACGUUCAUGGAACGACGGUGUACGAGCCAAUUUGGGCUGGUCGUGAAGUACUCAAAGCCAUGAGCGAAGACCUUAGCGAGCUUGACGACGAUGAGCUUGAUGGACUCGCAGAUUCAGACCCAGUCCAGCCGGACGAGGAAGCGGCUGACGCGCAGGCCAUUGAGUUGCGCAAAGCGGCUGCGCGCAAGAGACAAAAAAGGUCGCGAGCCUUUAGAUGAUAUGAUUCCUUUUUUCUUCCACAUUGUUUCACUCUGGCACGUACAUUCGAACAUGCCUGUAUUACCCUUGUCUUUGUAUCAUAUUCCCCGGCUUGGUAGACGAGGCGCAAUGCGGUGUUUGGCUCUACUUGUGGCGAGACGCCACGCAAGUACCCUUGUGAUAUCUUGGAGUUGAUCUUUCGUGUGGCAUUUCAGCAGGGAGUAAUGGUACGAUGGUUGCUGCAGACCAAGACUGGCAGUUCUAGUAAUUCAGCUACGAUCAUACAACAAUGUUCCGGUCCUAUUCUUCUGCUCGCGUCCCCGACCCCAAAUCAUACAGGCGGAACAUGACAGCAUCUCAAUGGGUGAGGUAGUGACGCCAUGAAGCUACUUGAAAUUUGCCGCGACAGGUCGCGCGAACAGGGCGUUGGAAGCGGGCCCCUGACCGCAGUUGCCUCACUCUCAC